AUGCGGGCCACCGGGGCGCUAGCAGCGCUGGCGGCGAUUCAGGCGGGCUGGCUGUUGGAGGUUGCUUGCGCCGCCAGCGGCCACGCCGACGCCCAGCCCUUGGUUCCGGCACCGAUGCGUGAUGUGGAACCAGAGUAUCGUGGACAGCCAAGCAAUUGCAACGGCUUGGUCUUCGUCUAUGUCAGCACGUCCUCGGAGUGCCUGGGAGGCACACCGAGCGGUCCUACGAUGGCUAAAAUGCCAGCCGACACUGGGGAAGACUUCAACGUGUGUGCUUUCGGGUCGGUGGAUUUGGAUGGAGGCUUUGUUCUUUUCUCCGACUUGCACACGGCGAACCAGGAGUGGUUGAGUAUAUGCCCUCUCGGCGGGGACGUGUGUCUCGAGUCCAGUGAAGCUACUGUGGCCCCGGCUGUGGACGAGGGCCCGGGCAUUACCGGCGCACGGAUCGAGACGUGGGAUCGCCACUUGACGGGGGAGACGUACACCUUGCUGGACUUUGACGAGACGUGCGCAGGCCAGGGCUACGAGGAGGUCAGUGACCAGACAACGUGCUUCGGAGCUGCGAAGAACAGCAUCGAGGCCUCCGGCCAGACGGUGAGUGCGACUGUGCCUGUGUCGCAAUCGUUCUCUUGCGGGUUGGCAAAUGGUGCUUUGUUUUGGGGGGGCGGAGCAGCUGGCGCAGCGGCUGAGGACAUGCGGUACGUAUGCCAAGGGGAGCAACAGUCGUCUACGACACGCACGACGUCGUCCGCGACAUCAACCAUGACAACGCGCACCCUCGUCUAUGACCCCACAGCCGUCUCUUACCCAGACAAAUGCCAAUUGUAUUUUUUCCAUAUCGUCUCUGCUCCCACGAGAACUGAAAGAAGCGAGUUGUGCGACGAAGCGGCCAACACGAUGCUCACACUGCCGCAAAACAGGAGCAUUGCCAAUCUCCUGAAUGCGACUGAGACUGCUGAGCUUGGAGCAUGCUACUUCAAAUAUGGGGGCGCCCUCAAGGCAUUUUACGACAUUGACUUGCAAUUUGCGUAUGAGAGGUGGCUUAACACCUGUGCUGCCCUCACCACAUCCACAGAGUCUUCCACGGUGUCGUCCACCACGACUGCGACGGGGACCUCCAGCUCGACUCGGACCACGACGACCAGAACCUCUACCACGACUGCGUCUUCAUCAACAACCAGAACUACGACCACCGAGAGCUCUAGCACGUCUGUGUCCACGACUACCGAGAGUUCCAGCACGACUGUGUCCACAUCCACCGAGACUUCUAGCACGACAGUGUCCACGACCACCGAUAGUUCUAGCACGACUGGCACCACGACGACCGAGACAUCCAGCACAACCGCGUCCGCGACGACCUCGACGGAGACCUCCAGCACUACUGGAACCACGACGACCAGGACCUCUACUACCAGUAUGUCCACGAUCACCGACACUUCAACCGCGACAACAACGACUGUGUCCACAACCACCAGGAGUUCCAGCACGACUGGGACUACGACCACCAGAAGUUCUAUUACAACUGUGUCUACGACGACCGAUAGCUCUAGCACGACCAAGUCCACGACGACCGGGACCUCUAGCACGACUGUUACCACGACAACGGGGACCUCUAGUUCGAGUUCUACCACGACGGUGUCCACAUCCACCGAGACUUCCAGCACGACGGUGUCUUCCAGCACCUCUGUGUCUUCUAUCACUUUGACCUCCACCACUGGAAGCUCAACCACGACAAGCGCGACCACGACAAGCGCGACUACGAGAAGCGCGACCACGACAACCCCGACCCAAUACGUUGUAUUGGAAGCAGGCAUGACGUGCACAGAAGCGGGCUACGAUGAGGUUGACAGCGCGGCUGAGUGCUUCAACAACGCGACCGAUUACUUGGGGCCAAAUUUCACGUCAGAACUGGUAAACCAACUCAUAGUUAAUCAAGACUUCGCUUGCGUGGUCCAAUAUGGGGUACUGUUUUUCGGCAACGGAAACCCUGGCACUGCUUCGGCAGACAAGAAGUUCGUCUGCAAAGGUGAGCAAGCCCCUACAUCGACCUCUACCGAGACGACCUCAAGCAUGUCCCGCACAACAACAACCUUGCGGUUUGACCCUUAUGCAGUCAGUGUACCAGACCUUUGCCAGACGUGGUACUUCCAUAUCGUCAACUCCUCUGGCCUCAACGUCUCUGCUGGCAUUAAUUAUCGUCAAACGGCCUGCUUCACAGCGGCACAGACCAUGACCACAGUUCAACCUCAGAGAGUGAUCAGCCUCGAACCAGUCACAGAUCUUGGAGGUUGUGUCUUCAGCUCCGGAGGUGAUACCAUCACUUUCUACGACGAGGAACCUGUCAAGGCGUACAGCGAAUGGCUCGACAUUUGCGAAGGCCUUACCACAUCCACAGCGUCGUCCACAUCGGGUAGUUCUAGCACGACUGGGACUACGGUCACAACGACCGCGACCUCUAGCACGACUGUGUCCACGACGACCGGAACCUCCAGCACGACUUGGACUACGACCACCGGGAGUUCUAGUACAACUGUGUCUACGACGACCGAUAGCUCUAGCACGACCCGGUCCACGACGACAGCGACCUCUAGCACGACUGUGUCCACGACGACCGGAACCUCCAGCACGACUUGGACUACGACCACCGGGAGUUCUAGUACAACUGUGUCUACGACGACCGAUAGCUCUAGCACGACUCGGUCCACGACGACUGGGACCUCUAGCACGACUGUUACCACGACAACGGGGACCUCUAGUUUGACUAUGACUACGACGACUGGGACAUCCAGCACCACUGGGACCACGUCGACCGAGACAUCCAGCACGACUGUGUCAACAACGACUUUUUCCACAAUGACUGUGUCUUCAACCACAGAAAGUUCCAGCACGACUGGGACUACGACCACGGAGACUUCCUCUAGCACGGCUUCGACAACCACCGGGAGCUCGAGCACGACAAUCACUGAGAGCUCUACCACGAGUAUGACCACGACAACCCCGACAAAUUACGUCGUGUUGCCUGCAGGCCAGACAUGCGCUGAGGCGGGAUACCACCCGAUCCCAGACUCUACAGGGUGCUUUGAUAACGCUACUCGGUAUUUGGGUCUGGACCCUUCGCCCGUUCUGGACAGUAGUGCAAAUUUCGCAUGCGUGCUCAAAUUCGGCGGAACCGUGAUCUUUUUUGGCAACGGGACGAAAGACACGGCUUCUUCAAGCUGGGAGAACGUUUGCCAGGGUGAGCAGCAGACCUCCUCGACCACCACGGCGACAACCUCGAGCACGUCCGCGACGACGACCUCCUUGCGAUACGACCCCAGAAACGUCCUCUUCCCAGAUGUCUGCCAGAUGUGGUUCUACUACGUCGUCAACGGCAGCUCGAUUGCCGAUCGACGGGCCCAGUGCUCGUACGUGGCCGACACGAUGACCUCCAUCAAGCGGUACAACAUGUCGAGCACCACGAGCGCCACAGGACCGAAUUACGUCGACUUGUCGGAGACUGAUCGUGACAAGUGUGACGUGGAUGACAGCGAGUGGGGUCUCGCAGGUUGUAUCUUCCAACUUGGUGGCGAGUCUAUUAACUACCAAGACUCAGAUCUGAGUACUUGCAGCACACAGACAAACCAAUUCCAAACGAUCGCAACGAGAAGCAUGUACGAGGAAUGGCUCGACAUUUGCGACGGACUCACCACAUCCACAGCGUCGUCCACCUCGGCGACGGUUACAUCCACCACAACUUUGACGACGUCGGUGACUUCCAGCACGACCGCCUCUGAGACCUCCAGCAUGACUAGUAGUACGAUCUCAGGGACUUCUAGCACGACUGCCACCACGAGCUCAGAGACCUCGAGCACGACAAAGACCACGACGACAGGGACCACGACGACGAGGACCACGACGUCUGCUACUUCCAGCACGACUGGGACCACGACGACCGAGACCUCCAGCACGACUGGGACCACGACCACUGAGACCUCGAGCACCACUGCGUCUACGACUACCGAGAGCUCUAGCACGACUGUGUCCACGACUACCGAGAGUUCCAGCACGACCGUGUCCACAUUCACCGAGACUUCUACCACGACAGUGUCCACGACCACCGAUAGUUCUAGCACGACUGGCACCACGACGACCGAGACGUCCAGCACAACCAAGACCACGACCACCGCGACAUCCAGCACAACCAAGACCACGACGACCGAGACAUCCAGCACAACCAAGACCACGACGACGGGGACAUCUAGCACGACUGGGACCACGACGACCGAGACCUCCAGCACGACUGAGACUUCGACACCUCUUUGUCUACGACUACCAGGAGCUCGACAACCACUCAGAGCUCAUCCUGGACCUCCUCGACCACGGUCCAUACCACUUCAGCCACAAGUUCUAGUACCAUCUCAAGCACCUCAGCCACGACCCAGACCAUCACCUCGACCUUUACUCCAGAGCGCUGGUCCGAGGUCCGGUGCACCAUCGGGCUUUCUUUCGCCAACAACCUCACCAUUGUGGAAGUAG